AUGCUGACUCCGAAAUCAUCAAGUGGUCUCGACUCCCCAGAGUACAAGGCUUCGAAGGCAGCUUUGAACAUGAUCAUGGCUACGAAUGCGGUGAAGCUCAAGGGAGAAGGCUUCAAGGUCAAUGUGUGCUGUCCUGGGCUGAAUGCCACAGGACCGAGUGGAGGUAUGGGAGCUCAUCCUAGCGUUGGUGCUUUGAACGCUUGCGGGUUGGCAAAGGCAGGGAAGGAUGGAGAACAUGGGACGUUCACAAACAAAGAUGGCUCAUUGCCAUGGUAA